UGUCACACACAGACCUAUCUGAUCCAGGGAUUGAAGCACUGGUUUCUAUUCAGAAUUCAGAUCAUUGCUGGAAAGACGUCUUUGGAUUUGUUUAGAGUGGAAGGUGAAUGUUUCUGCAUUGGGAAGAAAUUCCUGUAACAGAAGCACGGAAUGGUCAGACAGCCUGCUUGAGCCCAGAGCUCACCUGUGAAGUUCUUGCUCUUCUUGCCAUGUGAGAGAGUGUGUGAUCCCAAACCAGCCCCUUUCUGGUUCACCAUUGGAACUGCUCCCCAGCAGGGAAGACUGGGGUCAACCUACCAUGCCUCGCUCACUGUUUCAGCCAUACAGGUCACAGGUGAUGGGGUUUCUUGAGGAGUUUGACCAUUACUCUUCCCUGGCUGAACUCAUGUCCAUCUACCAUGCAACUAACAGGACCAUCUUCAAUUGGACAGAGAGCCGCAUUGUUGAGUGGGAGAAAUUUGCUGAGCUGGCUAAAUAUGAGCCAGAAUCCCAGAAACCAACAGUGAAAGCGCUCCUCAUCGUGGCAUACUCAGUCAUUAUUGUCAUGUCUCUCUUUGGGAACAUGCUGGUGUGCCACGUGGUGCUGAAGAACAAGAGGAUGCACUCAGCCACCAGCCUCUUCAUCGUCAACCUGGCAGUGUCAGACAUCAUGAUCACGCUGCUCAACACACCUUUCACCUUGGUCCGGUUUGUGAACAGCACGUGGAUUUUUGGGAAGGCCAUGUGCCACGUCAGCCGCUUUGUGCAGUACUGCUCCCUCCACGUGUCCACGCUGACCCUGACGGCCAUCGCUCUGGACAGGCACCAGGUCAUCCUGAACCCACUGAAGCAGAGGAUGUCCCUGACAAAGGGAGCUCUGAGCAUCUCUGUUAUCUGGCUGAUGGCAACCUGUUUCUCCCUGCCCCAUGCUGUCUAUCAAAAGCUUUUCCAGUAUAACUACAGGGAAGCCACUGUCCGGAGUCUGUGCCUCCCUGAUUUCCCCGAGCCUGCAGAGUUGGUCUGGAAGUAUCUGGACCUGUCUACCUUCCUCCUUCUUUACCUCCUGCCUCUGCUGAUCAUCACCAUCACCUACCUGCGUCUGGCCAAGAAGCUGUGGCUCCGCAAUGCCAUCGGGGACAUCACCACGCAGCAGUACGUCACCCACCACAGGAACAAGAAGAAGAGCAUCAAGAUGCUGAUGCUGGUGGUGGUGGUCUUUGCAGUCUGCUGGUUCCCCCUGAACUGCUACGUGGUGCUCAUCUCCAGUCUGGGCAUCAAGACAAAGAACUCUCUCUAUUUUGCCCUGCACUGGUUUGCCAUGAGCAGCACCUGCUACAACCCCUUCAUCUACUGCUGGCUGAACCAGAGCUUCCGUGCAGGGCUGCGCUCGCUGCUGUGCGUCUGCCAGAGGGUGCCACGGGCUCAGGGCCAGGCUCUGCCUCCCAGGGCCAUGCCCUGCCACGAGGCAUGGCUGGAGCAGGCCAGCUGCAGGAAGGGACCUGCCUGCCAGGCCAACUGCUCCACCGGGAACCUCCCGAUGGCCAGCACGGACCUGUGAGCCACGGGCUGAGGGGACUUACCUGGCUCUGGGAGGAUCCAAGAGCAUCUCCCAGCCUCUCCUCAGGAGCCAGCAUUGCUGCUCUGCUGUUUUACUGCUGGCUUUUGGCUUGUCUUACUGUAGCCCCUCCUCUGCUUGGCACGGUGGGCACAGCCUGUCCAGCACUCUGGCAGUGAAACCCACGCUGCAGCUGGCUCAGGGGCAGGAAUAUGUACAGGGGACAUGGAGCUUCUCAGAAAUGCUGAUCUGUUUCAGGUUUUCCCAUUUAUUGCUAUCAGAGGGAGUGGAUCUGGGUUUCUGUCACUGGCCUGUAACCUGUGCUAUAAUGUGGGGAUCUGCACAGCAGCAGAAACAAAUCUGUGAUGAUUCAGGUGUUUGAAGGAAGGGCUUGGACAUGCAGUGAACUCCAUCCACAGGGAGCCUCACCAGUUAGUGUAUAGCAAAGCCUCCAACAGAGGUAAGGAUUGUUAACAGCAAUUUUGCUCUCAGAUUCUUCUGCUCUUGUCCUGCCUCUAUCCCACCCACAAGCCAGCCCCUAACCAGGGGAGCAGGGAUGCACCCCAGGAACAAUGGCUGUAGGCUCAGAUGGCAUGAUGACAGAUUAAUGUAUUCCACUGAGAAGUUCUUUUUAUUAUAAAUAUAUUAAUUCAGUAAAGAGAGCUACACUGGCACUUUACAAAAGGCCACAAAAUAUUUAAUCAGGGCUGUAGCAUCCACUCACUGAAGAAUGGAAUCAUUCUGCAUUGUUAUAGCUGCUAUAAAAGCCUCAUUUAAGCAACAGGAGGUCAAGAAAGGGCCAGAAGGGAUAUCCUGUGAGGAGCAACUAAGAACUCUGGGGCUGUCUAGUUGGUACAAAUGUGGAUUUCAGUAGCCCAAGGGCAACCAUGUCUGCUGGGGGGCUCCUGGUCUGCCCUGGUGAUAGCCCAGAGUGAUCUUCUGCCCAGAGAGGCAGUGGGGAGCUUGGGUGGCUUGAGGGAAUAAGGACAUACUCCUACCACCUUUGUGGGGGAGGAUAAGCCAGACCAAAGAAAGGAAGCUAAUUUGUUUUGUUUGUUUGUUAUUUUCCCUUUGUACAGUGAGAGGGUAAAGGACAGAAAGGAGGGGGGUCCUUGCUACAGGCCACUUGACCCCAGUUGGGCACCUUGGGUAUGGACUGCAGUGCCUGCACCAGAAGAACACAGCAGAACACGAGGAGUGGCAGCAGGAAUGGGUGAAUACUUGUUCCCUGAGGCACUUUGCUUGGAGCUCACAAUUAUUGAACAUGGGAAUUCAAAGCUGUCUGUGCUGGGUGCCAGCACUGUCCUCCCUCAGUGAACAGCAGGGCUUGUUUUCAGUCAAAAAACAUCAAUGUGAGUUUUUCAAAAUGUUAAAAUCAUCUCUAAUUAAUAAGAACCAUCUAAUUUAAUUAU